GCCUGUCCCUGUACGGCGGCUCGGAGGGUCAGUCCGCGCCGCUCCGCCGCUCCUGCUGACGAUGGGAGACGUUCUCUGUGAAGAGCUCGAGGAUUUAGUUCACUUCACGGUGCACGACCUGCCGGCACGAGGCUAUGUCGUCAUGGAGGAGAUCCGACGUCAGGGGAAGCUCUGUGAUGUCACGCUCAAGGUUGGGGAUCACAAGUUCAGCGCUCACCGGAUCGUUCUGGCGGCCUCCAUCCCGUACUUUCACGCCAUGUUCACCAACGACAUGGUGGAGUGUAAACAGGACGAGAUCCUGAUGCACGGCAUGGACCCCAGCGCUCUGGAGGCCCUGAUCAACUUUGCCUACAGCGGCCAUGUUGCCAUCGACCAGCAGAACGUUCAGGCUCUUCUGAUUGGCUCGAGCUUCCUGCAGCUGCAGAACGUUAAAGAUGCCUGCUGCUCCUUCCUGCAGGAGAGGUUACAUCCGAAGAACUGUCUGGGGGUGCGACAGUUUGCAGAGACCAUGAUGUGUACGACUCUGUACGACUCAGCCAGCAGCUUCCUCCACCAGCACUUUGUGGAGGUCUCUGUGUCCGAGGAGUUCCUGGGUCUGAGGACGGAGGAGGUGCUGGAGCUGGUGGGCUGUGACGAACUCAACAUCAAGGCAGAGGAACAGGUGUAUGAGGCGGUGCUGGCCUGGGUUCAUCAUGACCGGGACCGGAGGGAGUCUCUGCUGCCGGAGCUGCUGUCAAAGAUCAGACUUCCUCUGUGUCGACCUCAGUUCCUCUCAGACAGAGUCCAGCAGGACGACCUCGUACGCUGCUGCCAUAGAUGCAGAGAUCUGGUGGAUGAAGCCAAAGACUUCCACCUGAUGCCAGAGCGUCGUCCUCACCUGCCGGCCUUCAAGACCAGACAGAGGUGCUGCACGUCCAUCACAGGACUCAUCUACGCUGUGGGAGGACUCAACAGCUCAGGUGACUCCUUAAACGUGGUCGAAGUGUUCGAUCCAAUUGGGAACUUCUGGGAGCGCUGUCAGCCGAUGAGGACGGCUCGCAGCAGAGUGGGCGUGGCCGUCGUUAACGGUCUGCUGUACGCCAUUGGUGGAUACGACGGCCAGUCGAGGCUCAGCACGGUGGAGGUUUACAACCCGGAGACGGACAGCUGGACACACGUGUCGAGCAUGAACAGCCAGCGCAGCGCCAUGGGAACGGUUGUGAUUGACGGGCACAUCUAUGUGUGCGGCGGCUACGACGGAAAAUCAUCUCUGAACUCAGUGGAGUGUUACUCUCCAGAGACCGACAGGUGGACGGUGGUGACGGAGAUGAGUGCGAGCCGCAGUGCUGCCGGGGUGACCGUGUUUGACGGACGCAUCUUUGUCUCUGGCGGCCAUGACGGUUUACAGAUCUUCAACACGGUGGAGUACUACAACCACCACACUAACCGAUGGCACCCGGCGGCAGCCAUGAUGAACAAGCGGUGCCGUCACGGGGCGGCGGCGCUCGGCAGUCACAUGUACGUGGCGGGGGGUUACGACGGCUCGGGCUUCCUGAGCGGGGCGGAGGUGUUCAGCUCAGUGUCGGGUCAGUGGAGCCUCCUGGUGGCCAUGAACACGCGGCGCAGCCGAGUGUCGCUGGUCUCCACGUCGGGGCGUCUGUACGCUGUGGGCGGCUACGACGGACAGUCCAACCUCAGCUCUGUGGAGAAGUACAACCCCGACACCAACCGCUGGACCUUCAUGGCCCCCAUGGUCUGCCACGAGGGGGGGGUCGGCGUCGGCUGCGUCCCGCUGCAGCCCGCCUAAACCAUCUGAUCAGAGGCUAAGGACUGACGUGUUACUGACGGCUGCAGGCGGGGAGCCGGCGCCCUCCGCUGGCGUUCACUGAGCUUUAUCGCUGUUCGACGGCUGGGCUCAGACCUGCACACUGACGCCAGGUCUGCGGGAUUAUGGGUAAAAACUGUAGAGCUAGCUGCUAGCGUUGUGCUAUUAGCGAGCGUGUGGACUGAUUAAUGUGAUUGAUUUUAUACUUGAUUGAAACGACCAACAGGAAGUGACUUCCUCUCCGAAACAAACAAAGCUGCUGACUUGAACCAGGACGGCCGCUCUGAUGCGUUUCCUGCGGCCGAGGUCACAGCUGUGGUAUUGAUCGGCUGGGUGAUGGACGGACAGGAAGCAGAGCUGCUGACGUAUUUAUAAGACCGCGGCAAAUUAAAAACCCGAAGCAGCUCUGACUUGUGUGUAAAAAUGGUAAAAAGUAAAAAUGUUGUUGCUAAUCUGAUAGAUGCUAACAUGCUAACACCAACACAUGGGCUGUUUAGGAGCCAGUAAGAGGACAGAAAAAUUAAAGCUCCUCAGAGGUCGUAGUAAAGCCUGGAAGAGUUCACAGUCAGACUGUCCCAUUAACAGCAGCUGAAUUAGCUGUUAGCAGCAGCUCCCGUUAGCGGCAGAUCCCGUUAGCGGCAGAUCCCGUUAGCGGCAGCUCCCGUUAGCGGCAGAUCCCGUUAGCGGCAGAUCCCGUUAGCGGCAGCUCCCGUUAGCGGCAGAUCCCGUUAGCGGCAGCUCCCGUUAGCGGCAGAUCCCGUUAGCGGCAGAUCCCGUUAGCGGCAGAUCCCGUUAGCAGUUAGCAUGGAUGUACAGACAGCUCUCACUGUGAUACUGAAGAAAAUUAAAACAUGGAGCUUCUCAGGAGGUUCUGCAACGUCUCUCUCUGGUUUCUGAGUUUGUUUUGGACCCUCAGAGGUCCUGAAGUCAUUGAACUUGUGUCCGGUUCUGACUGUGAGAACGAGUUUUGACAGAAAUCCACCUCCUGUAGUAUCUGCUCCUUCUUCAGCUCUCCAGCGCCCCCCUUUGUCUUCUGUCUGAGUCCUGCUGAAUGCCCCCCUAACCUGUUGGGCCUUAUAUCUGAACAGUAGUACCCAUGUCUAUCCUGCGGGGGGCGCUAGAGGACAGCUGAGGGGUUCCUGCUGUGAGAACCUGAACAGGAGAUGUUCCCACAGCGUUUAAUACACUUGUGAUCGUUUCCUAAUGGCCUAAUAAUGAUUGAUGAGGCGUCAGACAGCCAAUCAGCUGCUGGAGAGAUUCACCUCAAUAAUUCUGAUCAUAAUCAUGAUGUUUAUCAAUAAACAACCUCCUGUGAAUCUAUUAAAACGUAUUGAACCAUAAUGAAUAAUGACUGUUGUGGAAACCGGGUGCGUCAUUGUUAGCGUUAUGGAGACUUCCAGAGCUUUCAGCUGUGGUCUUCCUCAGCAGAUUGAUCUUCCUCAGUUGUCAUGGAGACAGUUCAGUUGUUGUCACGUGACCUGAUUUUGGGAUAUGGAGGUCCGUCUGGCGGAUGAAGACCAGGGUCCAGAGUAAAUCUGAGCGCAGCUGUUAAUAGUUUAUUGACGCACCUCACCGAGCUCCACCAGCCAGGACUUUAUUUGUAUUGAUUAAUUUAUGACUGACUUUGAGGUUUGUGGAUCAUUAAAGAGGUGCUGUUUCCUGACCGGA